CAUCUCGCGGCCCUCUCCCUUUCUCUCUCUCUCGUUUCGCGGUUUCUUCCUCUGCAGUUUAUUAGAUGAUCGAUCAUCACACGAUGGGGCUUCGAAGGAUCAAAUUGGGUGGGUGGUGAAAUAGAUGAAUUGGUGAUGCCAAUGGAAGGAAAAACGGAAGUCUCUUCUGAUGGGUUCUCGCUAGACGGGAUUAAUCUUCUGUCGGAAUAGAUUCCUGCCUGCAUAUCACUGAUUUCUUGAAACCCAUCAAAAUCACAAUCUUCAAAUGGCUCGGUCAGCCCUCGACGAGAUGUCCAACUCCGGUGCUUUUCAACGAACUGCUUCGACCUUUCGUAAUUUCAUCUCAAGGGACCCGAGUUCUCAGUUUCCAGCAGAGUCUGGAAGAUAUCACCUUUACAUAUCAUAUGCUUGUCCUUGGGCUUCUAGGUGCCUGGCAUACUUGAAGCUCAAGGGACUCGACAAAGCCAUAGGUUUCACGUCAGUAAAGCCCAAGUGGGAGAGGACAAAGGAUACUGAUGAGCACAUGGGAUGGGUGUUCCCUUCCACGGUCACAGAGGAACCUGGAGCUGAGCCUGAUCCUCUUAAUGGGGCUAAAAGUGUCAGGGAACUUUAUGAGCUAGCAAGUUCCAAUUACACUGGAAAGUACACAGUUCCUGUAUUGUGGGACAAGAAACUCAAAACAAUUGUCAGUAACGAGAGCUCAGAGAUUAUACGGAUGCUCAACAGUGAAUUUAAUGACAUUGCAGAGAAUGCUGUCCUGGACCUUUACCCUCCUUGCUUGCGAUCCUGCAUUCAUGAAACUAAUGAAUGGGUGUAUGAUUUAAUAAACAAUGGUGUCUAUAAAUGUGGGUUUGCGAGGAAGCAAGAACCUUAUGAUGAGGCUGUCAAGAAAUUAUAUGAAGCCCUAGAUAAAUGUGAAGAAAUACUUGGCAAACAACGCUACAUGUGCGGGAAUGCACUGACGGAAACGGACAUUCGGCUGUUUGUCACCCUUAUAAGAUUCGAUGAGGUCUAUGCUGUUCACUUCAAAUGCAACAAGAAAUUGCUCCGGGAGUACCCGAAUCUGUUCAAUUACACUAAAGAUGUCUUCCAGUUGCGCGGAAUGAGCAGCACUGUGAAUAUGGAGCACAUCAAGCGGCAUUACUAUGGGAGCCAUCCGACUAUCAAUCCAUUUGGGAUCAUUCCCCAGGGCCCAGCUAUUGACUACUCUUCACCCCAUGACAGAGAUAGGUUUGCCUAGAUUUUCUGUCAUCGAAAGAGACUACGGGUACAGUGAGAUGUUAUCAGGUAGCUAUGCUUUUCUGUAUAGACUGUGUGCGAGAAAUGUCUUGAAAAGGAUGUAACAAUCAUUUCGGUUACAGGUUCGUGUCAGUGAAGUCAAUAAUUAGUUUUGUGGAUGAGAAAGGUGGUGUUGGCGGGCAUUCUUCAUUGUAUUUCUUCGGAGACGAGACAUAUUUUAUUGUUAUUUUUCGGAACAAAUAAGCUGAAUGUGUUAGAAAUGAAAAAACUGAGUGCGACACGGCAUUGAUCUCA